CACCACAAUAUGGGUAUGGCGCGCAGUUACGGUGCAGGGCCACAGUACAAUCAGCCAAUGCUUUCGGAUUAUCCUGCGGGUAGAUCUCAACCUGGGGGUCCACGAGGGCCCCAUCUUCCGCCCCCUGCCCCCGUUAACCUGGAUCGAUCUGAUGAGUACAACUCAACGUGGGAUAUGUCGAUGACCUGGGAUGGUCCACAUGAUUCAUCUUUCCAGAGCUUGGACACUCCUGUAUCGCCUCCUCAUUACGAAAGGAAAGGUGUGAAUUCGAACGUGAUCGAGUACAUCGAUGGCGUCAACGAAGAUGGCCCACUGCAGGAUGUAGAUCACCGACAACUUCCCAACAUGCCAAUACCCGCCUUCAUGAAAGAUAAGGGAAGGUUGAUGGACGUAGAUCAUCGCAAUCUUAUUUCGUUAACGGGUUCACCGGGUCCACUGCUAAGCAAGUCCGGGUUGGAUGAUCUCGAGGACAUUGACGAUGAUGACGACGAUGAUGUGCUGCUGUUAGAAGAAAAUGAUAAAACGGAUUCCAAAUCGAAGGAACAACCCGUUCCUGCCCCUGUGUCACCGCCGGCCAGGACAAAACUGGCCGAACCUUCGCUAGGUGCUUUUCCGUGGGGUACUGGCACAGGUGAUGUCGAUCUGAGGCAAACCAAUCUAAAUCUUUUGGGACAUGCAUCUAUCGCGAUAGCUCCGACGACCAGCAGUAGUAGCACAAGUAUAGCCACAAGCUCCACCAGUGAACCAAAGGAUCUCGACAUGCGGAUACAGUCGAUGCAGCAAACGCUCGAUUCUCGAUUUGGCGGAGGUGAAUCCCAAGAUGAGUCCAAAGGAGCCGAUGAUGCUCUACAACUGUUGCAGACACCAACCCUUUGCUGGAAAUUGACGAUUUUUUGCAAAACUUUGAACGGGAAAACUUCGAUUUGAGUAAACCGCCGACGGUUCUGAUGAGCAAUCAAACCGAGUCGUCACCAUCACCGCCACCUUCUCUGAUGGACGUGACCGCAUCAACACCCA